AUGCGGUUAAAUGCGGUGUGGAUUGGCGCAUGGGUUCUCAUAUUUAUACAUAGUAGUGUGAAUGCAGCCGACUUUCCCAUCUUGGAUCACGACAAUUACUACUACCAUGCCAUCGAAGUGCAUUCUGAGAGUGGCAGCGAUGAUGACCAUGAAGAGCUAUAUCGCAGCAAGGCAAAGCAGGUCGCCCUUCAUUCUGGAUGCACUCUCCUAACCAGAAUAGGGGAAUUACCUCGUCACUACCUUCUCUCAAUGCCAAAAGGGAAGGAGCAUGUGUGGUCGUCGGCCGAAGCAUCAACAAAUCACAGAAUACGACGACAGGAACAGCAGCAGAUACACAUGGAGGAAAUCACCGAUACGCUAAUACAGCAUCCUCAUGUUUCCUGGGCGCAGGAACAGAUACCGAGAAGGAGAUACAAGAGAUCUGGGGGCCUGCUCGACACUAGUGCUCCUAGUCCGGAGCUCGCCAUGUUUGAAAAUGUCACAGAUCGUCUCGCUAUUCAUGAUCCGGGGCUAGCCAACCAGUGGCAUCUUUUCAAUCGAGAUCAGCUCUCUAACGACAUCAACAUAUCUCCUGUUUGGGAUGAAGGCAUCUCUGGAAACGGAAGUGUUGUUUGUGUACUAGAUGAUGGCCUGGAUUACGAACAUGAUGAUCUGAAAGCAAACUUUAACGCAGCUGGAUCAUACGAUUUCAAUGACAAUGAACCACUACCAACUCCAAAACUCGGUGAUGAUCGUCAUGGAACUAGAAUUGCUGGAGAGAUUGCCGCAGUUCGUAAUAACAUGUGUGGCAUCGGUGUAGCUUACAAUGCUCAAAUUUCAGGUGUAAGAAUACUAUCUGCCGAUCUGACGGAAGCACAAGAAGCUGCUGCCGUAAACUAUGCCAUGAAUGUCAACGACAUUUAUUCAUGUAGUUGGGGUCCAUCAGAUGAUGGACGAACUGUAGACGGACCCGGCCCUCUCGUUGCAGCAGCCUUUCAACAAGCUAUAGAAAAGGGUCGUAAAGGUCUAGGUUCACUAUAUGUAUUUGCAUCAGGCAACGGGGGAGGUGCUCAUGAUACUUGUAAUUUUGAUGGAUAUGCUAAUAGUCCUUAUUCUAUAACUGUGGCUGCUAUUGAUCGGACGAAUGGGCAUCCGGCGUACUCUGAAGCUUGUACGGCUGUAUUGGUGUCUAUGUACAGUUCGGGAGCUGGUAGUUUUAUAUACACGACUGACAAGGGAAAUGGACAAUGCUCUGGCUCUCAUGGAGGAACUUCAGCAGCAGCUCCCAUAGUAUCAGGAGUACUAGCUCUAGUACUAGAAAUUCGACCAGACCUCACCUGGAGAGAUGUACAAUAUCUAAUAGUAAACGCCGCAACCCCAUUUAAUCUCACCUAUCCAGACUGGCAACCAUCAUACCACCCAGAUCGCAAAUACGCCACCAAAUUCGGUUUUGGUAAACUAGACGCAAAUAGAAUCGUUCAAAUGGCCAAAACGUGGAAGAAUGUCGGACCAAACACCAUCUUGACAUCACCAGUCUCAUGGAUUGAGCUAAAUCUUCCACAAGACCAGGCUGGAGUGUCGAAUACCAUAACCAUUGAUGACGCACUCAUAAAAGAGGCCGGCCUCUUACGGAUUGAGCAUGUACAAGUUGUAGUUAGUAUUUCACAUAGUAAACGAGGAGAGGUAGAAGCUAAGCUGACUUCUCCGAAUAAGAUUGUGUCGUAUUUGGCAGAGAGGAGGAGUGGAGAUGUUAGUAAUGCUGGGUUUAAGAAUUGGACCUUUAUGACUGUUAAGCACUGGGAUGAACCUCCGUUGGGACAAUGGACACUAACAGUUAUAGAUCAAGUCAACCCUGCCAAUACAGGCAUAUGGCAUUCAUGGUACUUGAAACUAUGGGGUGAACACAUCAACUCCUCCUCCACAAUCCUACCAUCGCCCACGUCAACAUCCAUACCAUCACUAUUCGGAGCAACUCCUACAUCAACAAUAGAACCGAUAACGUCGCCAAUAUCAGACAAACCAAUAACAUCACCGUCAUCAUCAUCCAUAUCUGGAUGGGUUCUAGCUGCAUUUUCAAUUCUAGUCAUUGGAUUGAUCGGAUGGGCUGGCGUGGCUAUAUGGAAGAGACGGCAUCGAUGGAUUACUAGAAAUGGCGGUAGCGGUGGUAUUGUUGGUAACAGUGACUCAUACGAGUUCAAGAUUCUCAAUGAUGAAGAUGAGGAACUAGAGGCUGUUUUUGGUGAAGAUGGACAUGAUGAGGAUGAUGAAGAAGAGUUCCAUCAUGCUGGAUUUGAUGGUAGCAGCAAGUUUAUUCCAUAUAUCGUACCGUAUGCUGUAAUACCUAGCUUUACAGGAUGGCCUUGUAACGUUGGGCUGUCAUGCACAGCGGCCUCUGGAGGUCUUGAUCCAUUCCAAGCCACAACUCUGACUCUCAGCCACGAACUUGCUGAAAUGUUUACCGAUACCUUCGUGAACCUCAACACCACCAAACCCGGGUUCUUUGUUGAUACUCCAGGCACUUAUCAAGGACAGGAAAUUGGUGAUAUCUGUCAAAACUAUGCUGUGAAGUCAGCGACUGCUGAUGGUGGUAAACUUUUGAAUCUCGUUCUUGUUAGUUUUCGAGGUGAACCUAAUACUGUGCUUGUCGGUAUAGCACGCUCAUACGUUAUGACCAAAUUGUGGAGCAACAGUGCAAAUGCAUGUGUACCGGCAUAA